GGUUUAUCUACUGCAAGGGACCCGAUUCUUGCAAUCCAUGAGGGUGAGAGGCAUCUACGGCUAAUCCUACUUUUCCCUCGAUACAAAUAAACGAUGCUGCAAGCUUUAGGGCCAUUCUAAUCUGACUGCCAAAGCUUCUUCUCCAAUCUCCAAAAAAGCGGCGAAGCACGGAACAAACAGGUGAUAAUGGAUGAUUCCGAAAUAUAACCUCACCUCCCAUUUUAUGAUUUCUCCACAGUGCACACUCAUCUUUACUAACCAUUCCUUUUUUAUGGCUUCAACUGAUCCACGAAACAACUCUUUAUAGAUCAUCUUCAUUUGGGAAAAAAACCCAUUUCCCCGUGAGAAGCGUUGGUCUUGGACCUUUUGAUUCUCAUACUCUCCAAGUUAUAGACACGUAUCCUCUCAGACGGAUGUUCCGGCAUUGUUGCCAUAGAAUCAAGCCUCCUCCUCAGCAUAGCAAAUCCGUUCCCUGCAUUUUUUGGCACAGUUUUGCCUGAUCGAAGAAGGAAGAAGAACCCAUUACAAUUUCUUCUCUCACUUGAACUCAAGAGGUGAGAGAUCAAACCUGUAUCUCUAAGGUUGCGACGAAAUCGAGUUGUCUUCAAAUUGAGCUAUGUUGCCGAGAUGGAGCACGGUAAUUAGCCAGCUCUCCAAGGUUGGACUACGGAAGAACAUGGAUUACUCAAAAUAUCUUCAUGUUGGGUGUGGAAACUAUUCCAAGGUUGCGGCAGCUGCUACUACAAUUGAAGCAGAUUCUUCACUGCAUGGGGUCUCAACCAACCCGCAGGUGAACUUAAAUAAGUUGUUUUGGUCUAAACCUUCUUCCUUGGCUUUGGCACCAGACUCACCUCUGAGAAUUGAGGAGCCAAAAUAUGAGGGCUUCCGGCGUAUUAUGUUGAAGCUAUUGUUGUUCUAUAGCAAACAAAGUAAAUCCAUUCGAGGGGCAAAUGUGAUAUACCGGCGUAUCAUUUCACAAGUUGAUAAACAGCCUAUUUAUGAUGUAUUUUACUUGGAGAAAACCUUCAAAACAACGUUUUCUUUGCUUGUACUUCACAUGUGGCUUUGCUUGCACCGCUUGAAAGAAGAGGGAAAGGAGGGUGUUGAGCUUGGGCAAUACGUGUAUGAGAUUUACAAUCAUGACCUAGAGCUGAGAGUAUCCAAGGCAGGGGUCAACUUACUUUUGAGUAGAUGGAUGAAGGACCUGGAGAAGAUAUUCUAUGGGAAUGUUGUUGCAUAUAAUGCUGCAGUGCUUCCUGAAGCUCGACAGGAUGAGCUUCAGAAAGUAAUUUGGAGGAAUGUGUUCUCCGAUGAUGGUUCACCAAUGCCAAAUGAUGCCGCAUCAGUUGCUGUCCAGGCAAUGACAAGAUAUGUUCGCCGGGAAUCUUAUUGCUUGUCAUUGACAGAUAAAGAGGCUAUAUUUUCCGGCAACUUCAUGUUCUCAUCCUUACAGAACCUGUCACCUGAUGCCAAGAGAUAAUUAACGGACGAAGAAGACCAGGUUGAGGUUCCAGUGAGACUCUGAUCAAAACAUAGGUUCUUGCUUUAAACUAGUCUUGAAACAGGCCUUCUUUUCACUUUAAAACAAUUGUAAUGUUUUUUUUUUGGGGUGGGGUGCGGUGGGGUUUAUAUACCAAGAUAAUGAUUUAUUCUUUCUUAUGGAUUCAUUAAACUUGGAAAUAAAAUUCAUCAUUAAUAUGUGAGGUCACUGUUUUGAUGGAAACUUUUGUAAGGAGGCUUUGUGGGAAGAUAUUUGGUUUUCAUUUAUUUCUGGUUAUUUUUCCA